UUCACAAUCAUCACACUUCUGUUUUAUUUUUUUGGGAAAAAACACUUUUUAACCCUUUUUCCAUUCCCAAAGAGACUUCUGUCUUACCCAAUUCCCCUUUUCCCCUAAAAUUCUCUUACCCAACCUCGCGUGACCCACGCACCUCUCUUUCCUCUUAAUCUCUACAUAUUUGAUAUUUCUAUAUAAAUCUGCCCAUCUACAUCCUCCUCUCUCAACCACCAUUCCCCAACAUAGACACAUUUCGAUGGGCGGCGGCGGCGGCGGAGGAGGAGGAGGAGACAGCGGUGGCAGCAGCCGCGUCGUAACUCGAAAUUCAUGGAACAAAAUGGAGAAAGCUUUAAACGAUGCAAUUGCACGCAGUGUAGUGGGCAAAUAUUUCAAACUUGAAGCAAGAAAUACCUGUUUCACCAAGGAAUUACGAGCCGGUUUAGCUACGUUUCUCACAAUGGCUUAUAUCAUCACUGUUAACGCCAAUAUCCUUGCCGACUCCGGCGGCACGUGUUCGAUGGCUGACUGCUCUGCACCCGCGAACGGAACCGCCACGCCGGAUUGCAUGUUAAAGCCAAAUCCUGGCUACGAAAACUGCCUCUCGAAAAUCAAAAGCGAUCUCAUGGUCGGUACUAUUUUAUCGGCUAUGAUUGGUUCGUUCGCUAUGGGAGUUCUUGCCAAUCUUCCUUUGGGCCUUGCUCCAGCCAUGGGCCCGAAUGCGUAUUUAGCCUAUAAUUUAGUGGGCUUUCAUGGAUCCGGCCCAAUUAAAUACCAAACCGCGUUGGCCGUUUUCUUGGUUGAAGCUUGUUUGUUUAUUGCUGUUUCCGCGUUGGGGAUUCGUGCAAAGCUGGCGAAAUUCAUUCCUAAUUCAGUUCGGUAUGCUUGCGCUGCUGGGAUUGGGCUUUUUAUAGCGUUUGUGGGCUUGCAAGCCCAUCAAGGAUUGGGCUUAAUUGGGCCUGACUCGGCUACAUUGGUUACACUCACAGCUUGUAGCCGUACAAAUCCGGAGACCGGAGAAUGUCUUGGAGGAAAAAUGCAAAGCGCAACGUUUUGGCUUGGUUCCAUUGGCUUUGUAAUAAUGGCUUAUGGACUAAUGAAGGAUUUAAAAGGGAGUAUGAUAUACGGCAUCGUUUUCGUGACUUUGGUGUCUUGGUUUAGGGGCACGGCUGUGACGUAUUUCCCUCACAACCCACUCGGCGACGAGAGAUACAAUUACUUCAGAAAAAUAGUGGACUUUCACAAAAUCGAGAAGACAGCCGGUGUUGUUAGCUUCAACGGCUUCAACACAACAGAGGUUUGGGUAGCGCUAGCGACGCUGUUUUACAUCGAUGUACUCGCGACGACGGGGACGCUUUACACCAUGGCGGAAAUCGGCGGAUUUGUGAACGAACGAGGAACUUUCGAAGGUGAAUACAUGGCGUAUAUCGUCGACGGUUGUUCGUCAGUGGUAGCGACGAUGCUUGGAGUUUCGCCAAUCGCGACGUACGUGGAAUCGUCGGCGGGGAUAAGAGAGGGAGGGAGAACGGGGAUUACGGCGAUGGUGGUGAGUUUUUGUUUUAUGUUGUCGUUGUUUUUCACGCCGUUGUUGUCGAGUGUACCGCCGUGGGCGAUUGGGCCGUCGUUGGUGAUGGUGGGAGUGAUGAUGAUGAAGGUGGUGAAGGAGGUAGAAUGGGGAAAUGUGAAGGAAGCGGUGCCGGCAUUUGUAACGAUGGUUUUGAUGCCGUUAACGUAUUCGAUAGCGGAUGGGAUUGUGGGUGGGAUUGGGGUGUACGUUGCUUUGAGUUUAUACGACAACGUAUUGAGGGUGAUGAAAUGGUUGAUGAAGAUGAAGAAGGUUGUGGCGAGAGAGCAAAAUCAGGUCUCGGCUACUGCGGCCAAUACAGAGUUGACAACUGUAGUUUAGAUUUUAAGUGCUUUGUUAAAAAGCUAAGAACAAAAAAGAAAAGAAAAAGGGUACAAAGUUAGGGUUGGGAGGAAUGUGUUUGAUCUACUAACAAUGGGGGCAGGAUGAAAUUAAAUGUUCUUCUUCUUUUUUUUUUUUUUUUUUUUUUUUUCCUUUUGGCUUUUACUUUUAGGGGUAUGUAAAGUGGAAGUGGAGGUGGCAUAUAUAUGGGGACACAAUGCAUUCCAUUGUAAUAGAUCAAACACUUUUUUUUUUUUUUUUUUUUGUAUUAUGUAGUAGUAAUGUUUUGUUUUGGACUACCAAAGUGUUAAUGUGUAAGAAAAAUAAUUAAUUGGUUUCA